UGUUUAUCAUCAUCCUUCACUUCCUCUACGAAGUCAUGGCGGUCCACGGCCCGGUCGUGAAAAUCCACCCAGUGGUUUUGGCAUCGAUUGUAGACUCAUACGAGCGCAGGAAUGAGGGAGCGAGUCGCGUGAUCGGAACAUUACUAGGAACAACAGACAAGCAUUCAGUUGAAGUCACCAACUGCUUCUCUGUUCCUCACAAUGAGUCUGAAGAUGAGGUGGCUGUUGACAUGGAGUUCGCCAAGAACAUGUACGAGCUCCAUAAGAAGGUUUCGCCAAGUGAAGUCAUUAUUGGAUGGUAUGUGGCCACUUAUGCUAAGGAAUUCAAACAAUUUAACCUCAGGCCAUCCAAAGAUGUAGACCGUGCCUAUGUCAGUUCCCAGAUGGGCGUUCCGGGCAAGACGGUUGGUGUCAUGUUCACCCCAUUGACAGUCAAGUACAUUUACUAUGACACAGAGCGCAUUGGAGGUCAGACAUUUUUACACUUAUAA